UGGUGACAUGCCUCUCCAGGCAUGGGAGGUACUCCCCGCCAACAAGUCAGAACAAUUCCACACCUCUGACGGCCGUGAGUCAUUUAUUACUCUGGGAGCAGGCACAGCGCUCAGUAAGAGAGCAGUCUGCAAACGGCAGCAGUCCUCCGAUGCUUCCUUUCCCGGCUGCACGCUCCUCUAAAGCUCGCAAACCUCUACUGUGUUUACCGACUGAAGAAGACCACAUUUUUUACGUCAAGAUAUGGCAAAACUCCUUGGACAAAUGGAAGGCAACAGCACCGGACUGGCGAUUAUGGAAGAAGACAACUGCACAACGGAAAACAGGCAGCUGUACGUCUUCUACUCCUCCGUGAUGAUAGUGGAGUUCAUAGUGGGCCUGCCCCUCAAUCUCACCGUUCUCUACCUCUUCAUCUUCAAGCUGAAGUUCUGGAAGUCCAACAGCAACACAAUCUUCCUUUUCAACCUGGUCUUAGCCGACAUACUUCUGCUUAUCUGCCUGCCCGUGAAGGCCUACCACUUUCAGAUAGGGGUGCGACGCAGCAACGACGAGUUCGUCUGCAAGGGGAUGCUCUUCAUGCUAUUCCUGAACCGAGGGGCCAGCAUCGCCUUCCUGACCGUCAUCUCCGUCGACCGCUACUUCAGCGUGGUCCACCCCCGAAAGAAGAACUUCCUCAAGGUCCUGAAGAGAUCGCCUCAGGUUUCGGUCCUCAUCUGGGCGCUCCUGCUCCCCCUGACCAUUCCCACCAUGCACAAGUCGUUCGAGUGCUGCAACAGCUACGGACGCGAGGACGACCAUUUCACCGACACUUUGAGGGAGAUCGUGUUUUUCACCCAGAUUCUCAUCCCCUUCUUUGUCCUGGUCUUCUGCACUGUGCAGGUUAUACAGAGGCUGAAGAGGAAGACUGUGGGGGACAGAACCAAGCUUCGCAGGGCUGUGUUUCUGGUCACCUCCGUUGUGCUGGUUUUCUCCAUCUGCUUCUUACCCUGCACCAUAUCCAGAAUGAUACUGCUGAUCUUCAGAGUCCAAGAGAUGCACAACAAAGAAGAUAUAGCCGUUCAGGUACAUGAUGGCCUCAUGGUCUUCUCCUAUUUGGACUGUUUGCUGGACCCAUUGGUGUAUUGCUUCUGCAGUGCGCGGUUCAAAGAACUGUACAUAUCAAACAUUUUCCCAUUCCUUCUGCCCAAGAAAAAACCCAACCUGUGACAUCACAGUCUGCAGUCACAGCCUGUGCACGGACCUAGACGAAGGAAUACCACAUCUAACCUCGCUGAGUUCAUCUGUUCUUCUGAAUGCUUCAGUGCUUUUUAAAUACUCCUAUAGCAGUACAAUAUUACUUAAAAAAAACUUUUAUCAUAAGUAUACACUACUUAUAUUUUUUAAG